CAUUUUUUUUUUCUGCGACUAAAAAAUGGAUCUAAAGUCAUUUAUUUUAAUCCAUUUUUGUGUCCUAAUUAUUUAUUUCAGCCGUCCGAAGACCUGUCAACAAUUAUUCGGAAUAAAUGGGCACAAUCAGUUGUGCACUCUGACGACUGGCAAGUUUGCUUCUUUUCUAAAUAGUUCUGGGGCCGAUGUUUCAAAUAUCUUUGGCCAGGAGUACCACAUAAACUCAUCUAAAUCCUCUGUCUUGGAGAUUGCCUGGACAGGAGAAAAUUAUGAUCAAGUUGUACUGCUAACAGCUAGUGAUAGAGAAUCUGGGCUCUAUAUAUGGGAUACAAAAGAUGAUUUCAAGAACAAGAGGAACAUAACAGAUCUAAUACAUGCCAAUAUGAGUAACUCAGAGGCUCGGCUACACCUUCACAAACAUCCCCUUGAUCCAAAGAUGAUAUACGUAACGAUCCUGAAAUACAAUGGGAAUCUGGAUACAGACCUGCACAUCUCAAAUGACAGUGGCCAGACAUUCCAUGCUGUCAGCACACUCAAUUUCACCGUCACACAAUCCACUGACCUAAUCUUCCAUCCAACCAAAGUCGAUCUAAUCCUAUUUUUGGAUUCCUACGAUAGUCUCCACCUUUCGAGAAACAGGGGUUACACGUGGGUGAACAUCGCUAAUGAUACAAGAUCCGCCAAGUGGGGUCAGAGUUCAACCUGUCAGGACUGCAUUUUCAUCAACCACAACAGCCAAAGUACUGUUUCUAAUCUACUGCUCUUCUCAAUAAAGCAGUACUCCCCAUUCAUGAACACGCUGAUGCGUUCCCUGGACUAUGGCUCCAGUUGGACAGCUCUGAAAGAGCACAUCUACUCCUUCGGCCUCGAAGACAACUUCACUUACGUCUCAGUCUAUACCGAUUGGAUGAGAAUGUCAGAACGCAAGCUUCAAGUAAGCCUCAAUGAUGGUGAACACUGGAGUAACGUCAGACUUCCUGGUAUUGAUAACGAUCAGUUCUUCUCCAUCUUGGACUCGAGAGAUGGACAGAUGUUCAUUCACAUUGACGAUCCUGGAGACACUGGCAGAGGUACGCUGUACGUCUCAGACACAACUGGCCUAGUAUUCUCUGCUGUUCUCAGACAGCAUCUCUUUCCAAACUUUGAGGAUGUUACCGACUUCUACCGCGUACUCUCCAUGAAAGGCGUUUACAUAACGAACCAGAUCAUGAGGGAUGAUAGUGUGAGGACGGUCAUCUCGUACAACAGGGGGGUGGAGUGGGUGGAUGUGCCCAGACCACAGGGGGCGCCUUGCGUUAAUGAGGACCAGCCGUGUUUCCUGCAAAUCCACAACCGAUACAGCAAGAGUAGGGGCCUAAGGACGGCCCCACCCCUUAGCGUUCCAAAUGCCAUUGGGAUCAUCAUGGUUCAUGGUCGGUUGACUGAUAGCCUGCAGACUGAUGACCCAGAUGUGUUUAUAUCAAAUGAUGGAGGUUAUAGCUGGUAUCUGGGCUUAGAGGGCCCACACCACUACGAGAUAGCAGACAACGGUGGCCUGCUAGUGGCCGUGCCUGCCAACACCAACCAGCCCAAAGUUAUCAAGUUCUCUACUGACGUCGGAAGAUGUUGGAGUACCUACAAAUUUACCGAUGAGGAUAUAACCUUCACGGGGCUUCUCACGACCCCCACAAACAAGGGCAGUACCGUCGCUAUCUGGGGUUUCAGUGAGAGGAAAGCCCUCUGGCAUACCUUCGUGUUUAACUUCAGUAAAGUCGUCAAGGAUAAGUGUAAAGAGAGUGAUCAUGAGACUUGGGUUCCAACCUCUCAUUUGAAAGGUGGCUGUCUUCUGGGCAGUAAGGAUACCUUUCUAAGGCACAAAAGUGGCGCCUGGUCAGUUAUUUAA